GUGCGGCGGGCACCGGAAGUGGGGUCGGGCGCCGCUGAGCGAGGCUCCGCAGCCGCUCCCAUGGCGACCCGUGCGCUGCAGGAGUGGGCCCGGCGGCAGGCCGAAGGCUACCCCGGGGUGGAGGUGAAGAAUAUGAGCUCCAGCUUCAGGGACGGGCUCGCCUUCUGCGCCAUCAUACACCGCCACCGGCCUGACCUCAUAGAAUUUGACUCGCUCUGUAAAGAAAAUGUCUAUGAGAAUAAUCGCUUGGCGUUUGAAGUGGCAGAGCAGGAGCUGGGAAUCCCCGCGCUGUUGGACGCAGAGGAUAUGGUGGCGAUGCGCGUUCCUGAUCGGCUCAGCAUCCUGACCUAUGUAUCUCAGCUCUACAACUACUUCACUAACCAGAACCACGCUGGUGUUACCCCCUCCAUGAAGAGACCAGCUGGAUUAUCACCAUCAGAGCCGUCAGUUAAGAAAGUGCUCACUGUGAACAAACAAGUCCUCUCACCGCAUAGUGAGUUCCCGGUGGCAACUGAGGAGAGGUCCAAGAGGAACACCCUGAGCAGCACAUGUGCAAUUUGCAGCAAGCACGUUCACUUGGUGCAGAGAUACCUGGUGGAUGGGAAACUUUACCACCGCAACUGCUUCAGGUGCAAAGAGUGUUCCAGCACUCUGCUCCCUGGAGCCUACAAGGCAGGUGCACAUUCGGGCACCUUUGUGUGUACGCACCAUCGAGGACGGGUUCCUGGACAGCCGCAGCGUUCUCUGUCUGGACACAGCCUGCAGUUGUACCGAGGGUCACUGCCAGCCCAGCCUCUCCCGUCAGCUAGCCCACGGAUACUGCACCAUGCACAGGUACCCACAGGAGCAUCAGAAGGCUACAAUCGCGGCCCAUUGCCGGCGACAGAGUUAAAUGCAGAGGAAAGUGGCGAGAAGUCGUACAGUGCAGGAAGCAAUCAACCACCCUCAGUGCCUUUUAAAAGCUAUCAUUUUGCUACCGACAGAGUCUCGGAGCUUUCCAACAGCAUUGACAUCCAUGAAAUAUCAAAACCUGAGGUGGAACCUCCUAUUCAGGAGGAAACACAAAGGCCGACGGACCAUAAUGUCCACGAUGAUCAAACUGAGAAUGGCUUAAUUAAGCAGCUGGAGCCAGGGACACCCUCUGACCAGCUCACUGUCCAGAAUGAGCAGCAGCAGCAGCAAGCAGUGGUCAUGGAGACUGACAUCAUCGCACCUGGACCCAACACCUCAGAGUCUCCAGCCACUAGCAGCGGCCAAACCCCAGACACUAAUCAGACUGCAGUGAACAAAGAAGAUUUGGAAGAGAAGCUGAAAACACUCCCAGUUCCUAUUCCAAGAAAAACAUCCCCCAUGGCAACACCACGUCCUGUACCUCGAACACGGGUCGUCUUUGGCAGUGGAACUAAUGAAGCAUCUGUCCCGAGAUCGGAGAGCAGUGCACUAGCAAAUGGAGGCGUGACUGAGCAAACUACACCAGUGCCAAAACCCCGGGAUCGGCCACAAGCCCCGACAGAACGCAGCACGCCCGAGUCCAGCAGGAAAGGCGACGCCAAGCCUAAAGACCCGCCGUGGCUUUUGCUGGUAAACUCUGAGCCCAAGAGGAGGCCUGCUCCGCCCCGGCCUGGAAGGCGGCCUAGCCCCGGCGACACCCAGCGGGAGACGGACGAGAGCCGCUCCCUGAACCCCUUCGAAGUGGACGAUGAGGAAACGGGCGACGUGUCUGAGAAACUGACUGAUACCGCUCCCAAACCGACCCACCCGUGGUACGGUAUUCAGCCAGCUGGCAGCCCGAAGAUCAGGAAGCGGCCAGCACCCCCUGCACCAAAUGCAUCGCCCUCAGCCCAGCGCUCAGUCUUCUCCGCAACCCCUUCCCCUUCCCUCAGCAUGGAAAGCAUUCCCGGGAGCUCCGCAAGGUCUACUCCAGAACUACGCAGGAGGUUUGAAGACAGCCCUGGCAAGGGCCCAGAGGGUGAGGGUCCAGAGGUGACCAGUGAAGAUCCAGAGGUGACGAGUGAGAGCCCAGCAGUGGCUAGUGGGAGCCCGGAAUUGGCCAGCACAAGUCCAGCGGACAAGACUCCGGAGACCUCCAGCGAAACUCCAACGGUGGCCGGCGAGAUCCCAGAGGCGGCUGGUGAGUGGCCAGCAGUGACCGGCACAAGCCUGGAGGUGGCACGAGGAAGCCCAGGGGUGGCUAGUGGGAGUCCAGCAACCAAAGAGUCCAACGCAACAUCUACUGAAGGACCAGCACCACCAGUCUAUCACCGGCCUCCCCCUAAACCUCCGGCUUCCCCACGUCACCCAUCUCCAGAAUCGAACAGAUUAAAAGCUGCCAGCUCUGACCAGCCAAAGUCGUCUUGCAAAGAAAAUCCAUUUGACAGAAAAUCCUCUCCGGCCGGAGGUCCGGUCCCACUCAGACCACGGAGAGGGCCGAAGCCAGCUCGUCCGCCAGCCCCCGGUCACGGCUUCCCACUCAUCAAACGCAAGGUGCACGCAGACCAGUACAUUCCUGAGGAGAGUAUCCAAGGGCAGCUGGAAAACCUGGAGCAGCAGCUGGAUGAGCUGGAAUUCCGCGGGGUGGCUCUGGAGGAGAAACUCCGCAACUGUGAAAACGAUGACGACGAGGAUGAUCUUCUGGUCGACUGGUUCAAACUGAUCCAUGAGAAGCACUUGCUGGUUCGCCGUGAGUCCGAACUGGUCUAUACCUUUAAGCAGCAAAAUCUGGAGGAGCGGCAGGCCGACGUGGAGUAUGAACUGCGCUGUCUUCUUAACAAACCAGAGAAAGACUGGACAGACGAGGAUCGGGGCCGGGACGCAGAGCUGAUGCAGGAGUUGAUCACGGUCAUUGAACAAAGAAACGCCAUCAUCAACAGCUUGGAUGAAGACAGACAGCGAGAGGAAGAGGAAGAUAAGUUGCUGGAGACAAUGAUUAAAAACAAAGAUUUCCACAAGGAACCAAGCAGCGACGUGAAGAAAAAGGCAAAGUUCAAACCGAAGAAGAUGCUGAAGUUUCUCAGCAACAAACCCGAGGGGAAGUCUAAAACUGGCAAGGAGAAGAACUUGUGAUGAGGGAGAGGUGCGGUGAAUGGAGAGCUGCAGGGUAGCCCUGCCCGGGCCGAGCCGACUGACCUUGCACAGUUGAUUGUGUCGGGAGCUGUACCACACAGCGUCUGGUGACUGAUUCAUAGAAGUCUCAUCCUUCAUGUGCUGGCCGAGGCUGCUUACUAUUUAUGGACGAAAGACACAAAAUGCCGGAGUAACUC